UGUCCCUUGGACACAGUGGAUCACCAAUCAACGGAAAUAGCCGAAGAGGUCGGCUCGAACAUGUGAUCAGCUGUGUCCAAUCACAGCUGCUCAGGGGACAUGUACACUGAUCAUCAGAACACUGAUGAUCAGUGUGCCCUGAUGAUCAGUGUAGCCCCAGCAGAGCCACCUGUCAGUGCCCAUCAAUGCCAGCUGUCAGUGCUCAUCAAUGCCACCUGCCAGUGCCCAUCAGUGCCUCAUCAAUGCCACAUAUCAGUGCCUACCAGUGAACAUCAAUGCCACAUAUCAGUGCCCAUCUGAGCUGCCUUUCAGUGCCACCUAUCAGUGCCAGUCAGUGCCACCUAUCAAUG